CGAUCACUUAUUACUCAAAACCAUCAUGAACAAAUCUGAUCAAUCCUCCCCCUCUUCACCUCAAAAGUCUCCAGGGGAACCUAGUCCAGUGGAUAAAUAUUUCCAGCAAUUAACCUCAAUAGAUCUCGAGUACUUCAAAGAAUUCGUUCCAGCCUACUCAGAUUUUGAUCAAACGAUCGUUCAAGCAAUCGUAACCGAUGUUUUCAAGCUUGAACGCUCAGGAUUUCAGUGCAUCAAGCAAACAAAGAAAUCUCCAAGAGCCUCGCUUCCCUUACAAUCGGAUUGGCUCAAGUUGAUCGAAGAUAAAGAUAGGCAUGUCGGCCAGGAACGGGUUGUGGUCCAGGUGAUGGAUCAUGAAAAGGACGCAACGAUACGUCCAACAAAACAAUUCGUCCAUCGAUUCACUUGAUGGUUCUCAGCUUGGCUGAAUUCCACCCUCAAUUUCGGAUCAACUCCGGAAUGCGCUUCGAUCGUGAACAAAGGCGUCAGAGGCAAACACGUAAUCGUUCACGUAGCUCGUCCAAACAAAACACUUCCAAAUAAUAAAACUCAGGUUCUUUCGAGGCUCAAGCUGGGAUUAUCUAUCUUCUCUUUAAUUCAUGUAUUUCUUACUUAUCCCCUGUGUUUUAAUAAUCCCAACAUCGGAUUUAUCCACCACAUCCAUGUCUACCAACCUAUCAUUCGUCUUCUUCUUCGUUCAAAUGUAUUCCUCUCGGCAUUGCAAUCGGGAAAAUCCCACGAAGCAAAAAAAAACAAAUCACUUGAUCAUACAAUUCAUUCGUCACUUAUAAUCCAUUGUGAAAAUCUUGAUCGGUUCAUCAAGAGAAGGAAUCAAGAAAAUUUAGAGCGCAG